CACAAAAGCCCUCCUCUGCAAUACGGCUGGCUGGGUUCUUGUUCUUCUUCCAAACAUUUCACAGUCCUCUUUCUGUGCGGCCUUGACGGAACAUGGACCGUUGGUCAGCCGACAUCGAUGAUUUCAUCCGCUCGUGUUCCGAGGCUUUCGCAAACGCGCAAAACAUCAAUCGUUCCACCGCCCGCCGCUUCUUCGACAUCGAGUCGCGAGCUACCGCCGAUAGCCAAGUCGACCCCCUCGAUCUACGCGCCAAGCUUCCUCUUCAAGUCGCCAGUUACGUCGCCAACGGCUGCGUUCCAGACUUUCUCGAAUACCCCGACGAGCGCUGCCUGCCCAAACUGCGCAAGGCCUGCGAUACUUGGGGCAUCGACCUUUCCCUUGGCCUCUUCUUGUUGACUGCUGAGGGUUUGAUCACCGCCGACAUCGUGAUACUGAUCGGUGAGCUUCGCUCAAACCUGCCUUCGCCCUGCAAGCGACAGCCCAGCACAAAACCAAAGUCCAACCGUGCCAAGGGUUUGUUGCCCUUCCUCCUUCGGGACCGCACACAUUGCCCCAUCAGUUUUGAUAACACCUACUUCUCAGAUUCUACCCAACCCAAGCAGCAGGCUCCGGGCCUCGAAGAACCCCCAGAACCAACCCAGGUCCAUUCUAGUGCAGUGGGCAACGAGAUUGGCGCCAAUGACUCCUUAGUCCACAUUGCCCAGGGCUCCCAUCUUGACAGUCAACUCGACGCUUCUUUGACUACCAACACUUUUGACAGUGUCCAUCACGACGACGAACCUGGGAACUCUCGUGCCAACGUGGCCGAUAACCUUGAGCAAAAUAGCGGCGAGCCUUGUCACUCUUCCAACCUCCUAGCUGCAGAUAUAUCCGGUCACGAUGUUGACAGCGUCGCAUCAUUGAACUUAAGCCAUCAUCACAACCUGAGCAUCAUUGAAGAGGUCACCGAACUUGACGGUGAUUCGAACCGGGGCACACAAAGUUUCCAAGACGGCAGUAGUGAAGCUGACUACUCAGCGCUCGAAGAAGCAAGGAGACAACAGACAUCUAAGCCUAAAGAUUCUUUCGCCCCUGAGAUUUCCUUUGACUCGAAAGACGACAAUUUCUCCGACUUGGAUGACAGCCUUGACCCUCUGCAGCUAGAUAACGACGACAAGCUUGCAGACCUUAACAACACUUCCAGCCUACAUGACACCGGUCAACCUACCGGUAGUUGUACACCAACCAGCUUCCCAGCCACUAGCACUCUCGUUACUCCUAACGUCUUCACAGUCCACAAUACCUCGGCUCUCGAGGUGGCUCAAACUGUGCCGGAGGACAAUGUCGCCUCUUAUGGUAUUGAGCCCCUUUUUUCUUAUACUCUCAUCCAGGCGGCCACCGUUGAAAUGGAGCAGUCCAGACCUCUAGGGAUGCAUGUGAGUAUCGGCAGAAAGCGGAAGGAGAGUACCGUGGGCUCUCCAGUAGCCUCGUCAUCGAAGCGGCCCAACACGUCUUUUGCCAAUGACGAGGACCCUCUCGGCAGCCUGGUUUCCGGCUCCUGUGUCAUCGGCUCUGUCAUGUCAGCGACACUCCACGGGCUCAGCGAUCUGCUGCCCCACUCUACUCUGGUCGCUGAGUGUACCGCACAAGAGUUGGCACACGGUCAUGAGCGCCGCACAGCACUCAAGCUCGAGGAGAUGCUCCGGCCGGGGGCGGCAACGGAUGUGAAGAUACUCAUGCCGUUUAACUCUUCUAACCAUUGGAGCCUGGCAGUUGCAACUGCCAGUUUAGACGACACAGAUGUGACGAUUGAGAUGUAUGACUCAAUCAGCGGUAACGGACAGGCGAUUAGGUCAUUGCAGAGCGAGGCCCAGUCACGCGUUGCACAUCUCCUCAAAGAUAGCUUCCGUUCGUCCGGCCCCAUUCCACCAGCCCUCUACACCUCUUUCAGAUGCUCCUUGAGACAAAGCAUCCAGCAGACAAAUGCUACUGACUGUGGGGUAGCCGUCGCUGUCCACGCUUUUUACAACCUCAGCCAGGUGCUUCUCCCACUUGAGACAGACUUCCUCUUAUGGCGCAGGCUGCUGGCGGCUUUUCUGGCGUCAAGAACAGACUCAACCCGGCCGUCAAGCGCACUGGACACGAUCAGGGCAGCCCACCAAAAGUCGACGGGGUUCAAUUCGAAACCCGAUAUCGUCAUCCAGAUACCUAAGGCCCUGAGUUAUCUUUCCCUGCCGGAGCCUUUGUCAGGGUUUGCCAAGCUCGAAUACGGCAGAGCCAAGGAGUGUAGCGAGGGCAUUUUGGAGCUUCUUGGUUCGAUCGAGAUAUGCCAGAAAGAAGUAGAUGAAUCGUUGAAGGCGAGCCAGGCCACCGCGCGGGCAGCCGUGCACGACGCCAGAAGGAUCUUGCGCCAGCUUUGGGCCAUGGCCGAAACCAGACCCAACCCGGUAGAGGAACUCGAACGGAAGCUUGCAAACGUGCAAAAGGCGUUGGGUGAGGUGGUCAAGGACGAGGAUACGGCAUCACUGCUUCGGAACAGGAUUGGAACAAUCGAGUCGGAGCUCACGGCAGAAACAGGACGAAUGACCAGAGACAACAACAGGCGGCUCCUCGGCACAAAUAGCCUGCGGGCCUUGGAAGACGAGCUCGUCCUCGUGGAGCAGGAGUUGGCGGCGUCGGGAUCAAAAGAGGGAGGGUCGGAAGGUGAUAGCUAGGUGUGAGGUGUGACAUUUCUUAGGGUGCAGAAAAAGCAGGGAAAAGUGCGGUCCAACGCGCGACGAUUACUCAAACAUGGUAUACUAUAGGCGCGUGUUUCAUGUUUAUUUUCAACUCUGAUCAGAUUUCAGGC